CCGCCUUCAUCCGGGCUAUCCUGUACAGACAACGCCAUUUUGGUACGAGGAGUGUUCGUGAGCUGUUUAAUUUUCUGUUGUUUUACAUUUUCGAUUUGGUCAGUGAUACAAUGGGUCGGAAGAAGAAGAAGCAGAGUAAACCAUGGUGUUGGUAUUGCAACAGGGAGUUUGAUGAUGAAAAGAUUCUUAUUCAACAUCAGAAGGCAAAGCAUUUCAAAUGUCACAUCUGUCAUAAAAAGCUCUACACAGGACCAGGUCUGUCCAUCCACUGUAUGCAGGUACACAAAGAAAAGGUUGACAAAGUUCCCAACGCAUUGCCAGGGAGGAACAACAUAGAGAUUGAGAUCUAUGGAAUGGAAGGAAUUCCAGAAGAAGAUGUGAAGGAACAUGAGAGAAAUAAGUCGGGCAAACAAGCUGGUCUGAAGGAUGAUGAUGAGGACAGUAUGCCUGCUGCACCUCCACAGUUCAACAACAUGGUUGGGCCGGGUCCCAGCAUGCCAUAUGGACCCCCAGGGAUGCCUCCACCUGGACCGAUGGGACCUAUGGGUCCGAUGGGUCCAAUGGGACCUAUGGGACCAAUGGGACCAAUGCCCCCGAUGGGGCCAAUGGGACACAUGGGAAUGCCCCCUAACAUGCCUCCAGGAAUGGGCCCAAACAUGGGACCCCGAGGACCAAUGGGGAUGCCUCCUCGGAUGUCUCAAGCAGGCCCGUCUCAAAUAGGGCCCUCAAAACCAUUGUUUCCAGCAGCAGCCCAGUCGAAGCCUUCCACUACGUCAAGUAGUUUAGGUCCACAGUCAUCCAACAUGGGCACAAUGAAACCUACAUUCCCUGCUGCAGCAACGUCGGGCAAUGCCAGUCUUUCAAGUGCUACUAUCACUGGGGCUCCUAUGAUUAAAAAACCAGAGUCUAGCUCAGGUUUGACUUCUAGGUUAAUGCACCCAGAUGAGGAUAUAUCUCUGGAGGAGAGACGGGCCAAUGCACCGAAGUACAAGCGAGGGGGUAUGAGUGUGUCUCUGUCUGGUUCAAUACCCCCUCCUAUACAGCCACCUAUUAUAGCUGGUGGGGGCAUGAUGCAAGCAGGGAAUGGGGCCAAUGCCAGAAUGAGGACAGGACCAAUGAUGGGCAACUCUCCAAUGGGGGGCAGCAAUGGCUCAAACUUCAACAUGGGCGGGUACCAGGGAGGUAGUGGCAGCAUGAUGCAGCAGCCUCAACAUAUGGCUCAGGGUGGGCGGUACUGACAACUGGGGGUGGGGCCUAGGCCUCAGUAUUGUUUUAAUUAUCAUCAUAACUCAUUGUCAUGUAAAAUAUCAUGUAUUCAUAAUGUGACACUGCCAAGCCAGAGUGACACUGCGAGAGGUAGGUCCUGACCUGAAUGUCAAGCUAGACUAAGUACUCUCCCGGUAAGUCACAUUGUUUCAUGUACAAAUGGAUUUUUUUACUAUUGUCCGUCUCUUGAUCCACGAGUACUUGACAGGUUUGUAAUUGUAAAAAAAGAAAUGUGAAUAAAAGUUGUAUUUAAA